UGAAUCAUUUCUGGUUAUAGUCUUUGAGACAUUCUCCCGCGCUUAUCGCUAAACCUUCUCAGCCCAAGUGAUGCUGCAUGCAAUUAACAUGCAUUAAAGAGAAGACUUCUGACAACACUUCAGUGGUUAAGUGACGAUGUCAUAUUAUUUCACAGAUGAAAAAUGAAAACAUCAUGUUCUAAGUGAGCCAAACUUGGAACUAAAUUCUCAGUUUCUACAAAUCUAUGACCCUAAGCACUUAAUAUGGCACAUGUUACAUAUGUUCCUGUUGUGCUGAUGCUAAGCUUUUUCCAACAUAAGACACUGUUUUCUACUGGUUUGGCAAGAAGACAACCAGAUGUAGUGGAUGAACUUCGGCUACGUAAUGAUCUGCAGGUUACCAAGAAAGAGUCACAAGUUAUUCUGUACUGGAACAACAACCUGACAAAAGAAGAGACAGAGAAGUACAGUGUGAAGUAUAUUCUGAGUUACACAUUCUUUGAUACAUUUCAGGAAAGGAAAGAAAGACUACAGGAAAAGAAAAAAAGGAUACGUCUUGAGCUACAUACAGGUUUUAAAGCUAGAGUUAAAACACAAGUUUUUAUGAAAGAAACAGAAGACCUAAUUAAGGAGAGUGGCUGGACAGAAUGUACAUACAGAUCUCCUCCAGUAUAUAUUCAGAAUCUUUCAUGCGUCAUAUAUAAUGUUUCUUUUUUCAAUUGCACCUGGCAUAUUAAAGCAGAAGAUCCUGCAGAUGUCCAGUAUUUUUUUUCAUACAGACACAUAGAAAAAUAUUUUGAAUGCCAGCAAUAUAUAAAAAAUGCAAGGAAUAAAAAUAUUGGAUGCCACAUGAAAGAUACAUCUUUCCAACCACUAAGGAAAAUAAUUUUAAACAUAUCUGUAGUAGAUCUGAGAAAUAAUUCAAGAAGACUGUCUUAUUAUAAAGGUUUUACACCUCAGAAAAUAGAGAAACUGAACCCACCGAUCAACGUCUCUGUUUCCCUUGAAAACAGAAGUAUUAAAAUUCACUGGAAACCCCCACCUACCAUUGGUUCAAGAGAAAAAAAGUGCUUUAAGUAUCAAGUGAAAAUAACAGACAGUAAGAUUGUAGAUGUCAGUGAAGAGAAAUAUGAGUAUCUACUUCUUAGACCAGCAAAAAAAUGUACCGCACAAGUGAGGGCCAAGAAAGAGGUAUGCAUAACGAACAAGAUUUGGAGUGAUUGGAGUGAACCGGUGACUAUUUAUGAUGAAGAAACUGUGGACAGCAUAUUGCUAAGCCUCACAUUGUUCAGCCUUCUGAUUUUCCUUGGAAGUUUGUUGAUAUGUGCGUGUAGAAGGUAUAGGCUCCUGGAAGUUAUAACCACGCCCUUUCCAGGUCCUACAGAUAAAGUUACAACUUGGUUAGCUACAGAUGAGACUCAUCACCAGAAACAAAAUUCAGUGCAAAUGGAGAUGCAGUCAGAGGUCAUACUGAGAAUAUCAGAAGAUAAUGGAGACGAGGACAUUAAACAACAUACAUAUUUGAAAAAAUCUGAAGACCUGUAGGAGAGUUAUGCGCUUUUUUUAAAUUUUAUUUUUUAUCUUCAUGUAAAAGCUAACUUCCUCAGAGUUGGCUGGAUUCUUACUGAUCCAAGAAAGGCUGAUACUGGAGUUUGUCUGAUCCAAAUGGUUUGAAAUGUUUUGAGUUGUGAUAUUCUGCAACUCUUAAAAUGCACUUCAGAUCAAAAAGGUAAAGUAUACUGCAGUCUUUCUCUAACUACUAAUCUUCAGCCCAGUAAAGUAGAGCAGGUCAGACAAUAUGACUGAACAAUUGAAUCUAUUUGCGUCAAGAAGGAACUAGAGUUAGUGCUGCAUUAGCUUUCAAAUAAUGUCCAAUAGAUCAAUAACUUUAAGAUUGGCUCUUUAUACAAGUACUACAGUACCUAUUCAAUAUCUGAUUAAAGAAAUAAGAAGCAAUGGAAGAAGCAAUCAUUUCUGGAAGUUGCAGCAGAAGCUCACAAUGGUUCUCUAUAGCUUCAAAAAAUAUCAUACAUUGUGCAAGUAGAUAUUAACAAGUUGCAUGUGAAAACAAUGUCUUAAUAUGAUAUACCUAUCCUUUUGCAUUUAGCGAAGGGACAAAAUGUUAAAUAAGGUAAAAAAGACAGUUUUUUUUAACCUAUUGUAAUUGUUUAAAUAAGUAUAGCUCAGAGAAGUUAUCGCUUUGAACUGAACAACUACUGUUACUUUAUUUUUCCUAUCUUAGUGAAGAAAUUUUCCCCUCUCUUUCCAUGGAGUAGCAAGCCAUACAAGUUCAUACAUAAAAGUUCAUUCAUAGGGUAGAAAAGAUGAGCCAGGGAAAUACUGUCCUGUUAGCCUUAUCUAUGUGGUGGGGAACAUCACAGAACAGAUCUACUUGGAACCUAUGCUAAGGCACAUGGAAGAGAAGGAGGUGAUAUGGAGACAACCAGCAUGGCUUCACCCAGGGCAAGUCGUGCCUGAAUGAACUAGCUGCCUUCGAUGUCAGUGUAUCUGCAUUGGUGGACAAGGAGAAAGCCACUGAUGUAAUUUAUCUGGACUUCGGUAAGGCCUUGGUCACGGUCCACCAUAACAUCUUUUUCUCCAAACUGGAAAGAUAUGGAUUUGAUGAGUGGACUGUUUGUUGAACAAGAAACUGGUUGCAAGACUGUACUCAGAGUGAAGGUCAAUGGCUCAGUGUAUGGAUGGAAAUUGGUGAUAAGUGGUGUCCCUCAGGAGUCAGUACUGGGACCAAUACCUUUAUCAACAACAUUGAUAGAGGGAUCAAGUGCAUCCUCAGCAAGUUUACAGAUGACAGGAAGCUGUGUGGCGAAGUCUACAUGCCUCAGGGAUGGGAUACCAGCCAGAAACCUAGACAGGUUUGAGCAGUGGGCCCAGGUGCAUUUCAUAUGUUUCAGUAAAUUCAAGUGCAAAGUCUUGUACCUGCAUCAUGGCAACCCCUGCUCUCAAUAUAAGUGAGGAGAUGUAAUGUUUGGAGCACAGCCCUGCUGAAAAGAACGUGAGGCUACUGGUGGAUGGCAAGCUGGACACAAACCAGCAAUGUGCCAUCUUGUAUCCUGGGCUGCGUCAAAAGAAGUGUGGCCAGCAGAUCGAGGGAGGUGACCCUGCCCCUCUGCUCUUUGGUGAGGACCCACCUGGAGUACAGUAUUCAAAUAUGGAGUCCUCCACACAGGAGAGAUGUGGACCUGCUAGAGAAUGUCCAGAGGAAGGCCACAGAAAUAAUCCAAGGGAUGGAACACCUCCACUACAAGGACAAACAGAGAGCUGGGGCUGUCCAGCCUGAAGAACAGAAGGCUCUGGGGUGACCUUUCAAUAUCUAAAGGGGAGCUAUGAGAAAAAAGGGAACAGACCCUUAAGCAAGAUCUGUUGUGAUAAGACAAGAAGCUUCAUACUAAAGGAGGGGAGAUUUAGAUUGGAUUCUUCCUGGAACAUGCUACCCAGAAAUGUGGGCAUCAUGUCAUUGGAGAUGUUCAAGAUCAGGCUUGACAGGUCUCUUCACAACCUGGUCUACCUGUAGAUAUACCUGUUCAUUGCAGGGGAUUUGGACUAGAUGAAUUUUAAUUGUCUCUUCCAAUUCAAACAGUUCUAGGAUUCUAUUUUGAUCUAUGCAAUCAGGGUAGACUAUUUGAACUGCUAGCUGAGACAAAAGAAGGAAUAUAGAGCCUUGAUUUUGAAAGGAAGAUAUAUUUCAGUAGAUUUCUUCUAUAGCAGAGCAAUACAAGUUAAAGACUGAUUUAAUUCUAUAGAGGGUUAGGGAGAGACUUAAGAGAUCCUCUUUUUCUAUAUCAUCCCACUCAGUGUGGUUUGAGGGAAAUGAAUCUUUUUCUGUCUCCUGAGUUGUGUCUUCCCUAAUCAGCAGAGGUCACUAUCAUGACAGAGUCAUCCAAGACUCAGAGAAAUAAUACAAAUAAAUUUAUUGAGAGCUUUCUAAUAACAACUAAUACUCUACUUGGAGCUAAAAUCAGCUAAUUUGCUAAUAACAAUUUGUAAGCAAUAUAGGUAAGAGUACUUUGGUGGAGAAGUUAUCUCUAUGUUAAAAGUUCUAAGACAAUAUUAGACAACAGCUGCUACAAAGAAUGCAAAAUAAAAUAAUAUAAAGAGAAAAGGUUGAAAAUGGGGAAGGAGAGACAGAUGGACAGUCAUACAGACAUAUAAGUACACAGACACAGCAAGGCAAAAAUGGUUCACCACUCCUCAAUCCAGUGAUGUUUUGCUGCUGGGGGAUGCUGAUCUUCAGUAGUGGUGGGUUGUCUAAGGUGUGAUGGUCAGUUGAUGGCUAUGAUAAACACACAUGCAGUCUUAAUUAUAGUCCAGAGCUGUUCAGAGGGCUCUUUGGAGUGACAGCCUCUGGCUUCCCAGCUCUCAGCAGGAACUCUUUUGUUCCUGUCUUCCAGGGCUUGCAAAUUUAAAUCAGUAAAGGCAAAAGAAAGCAAGGAUAUGCCAGCUUGUAUCUUUCCUUCACAGGAUACAGUGGUAUCAUCUACUAACUUCUUGUACCAAGCUGAAAAUAUAUGCUCCCAGGCCAAGUCUUCAGCCAGAAAACAUCUUUGGAACUUCCCAUAUAAAAGCAAAUAUCUUUUGGCUCUGUCCAAAGGAAUGCUUUUGAAUGCAAAACUGUCUACAAAAUUGUUACUAGGUGUCUCAUGUUGAUUUGAGAAAAUGUGUUCCAUACCAGUGUAACGCAGUUUCCUUUCUGGUAAAAUUUCUUCAAGUUCAAAAUAAUUUUGGUUGAAUAAAAUAUUUCAUUCCACCUGAAAUAUCAACUUUUGUUUUAUUGCGGGAAAAACAGAAAUU